CUUGAUUAUCUGCUUGAGCCCAUGCUUGACCUUCUGGACCUACAUCACAUUAACAUAAGGAACCACAAAACUAGCCCAAACUAACUGCAUUUCUAAGGUGGGUUCCCUUGUAAAAAUCGCAUUCCAGACACUUAAUAUCACAUUAUUGUGUUCGAACAUGAAAAGUAACCCGUGGUAGCAGUGAUAAAGUAGCCCAAUUCCACAAGACAACCACAGAUUUGGCAACACUGUAGACAGUUGGAGACCAGAUUCAAUGAUCUCACUGCUGAGAAAAGCCAGUUACAGAGCAACUCUUCAAAUUAGAAGAAACUAGAGCUGGAGACCAGAGUCAAUGAUCUUACGAAAGGCCAGUUGGAGACCAGAUUCAAUGAUCUCACUGCUGAGAAAAGACAUUUACAGAGCAACUGCAAAUCUUUAAGUCAGAAGAAUCUUGUUGAAAUCAAUAGUAAGUAAAUAUUUAUUUAUUUAUUUAAUAAUAUUUAAAUAUGUGCACAUGGGGUUAUUUAGGCCUCUCAAUUUUACUGGUUCACCCAUUCAGACUGAACAUAGAACAUAGUCUGUGUUUUAAAUACUGAAAUCAGCAACUCAAUAAAAUUGCCCCAUUGCGUAAUUUUUGCCUGUAUUUUACUUUCCCAUCACAUUCACACAAUAUUUUUAUUUUCAAAUUUUCUUUAUUUUCCUAUUAUUUUAUCAUAGACAGUACUGUCUCUGUGUGUGUUUGUGUGAAAGGAGAGAAAGUGAAAGAAUCACGCUGAUUCCUAUUUUCAUUCACACACAGAGGUUCAUAACUUCAUCCAUCAAGGACAUGGUGUGGAUUGGUUUGUCUCACAGAGAGCAGGAGGGCAACACGAAAUGGGUGGAUAAUUCACCACUGAAACAAUGGAGGAAGUAGAUGUUUGGUGUUGAUCACAAUGAGUCUCGGGCUCAUUUGUGUUCUUCUGCUGGUCUUCAUCAUACUGCUGCACAUCACUAUCACAGCAGAGAGAGACCUGAUAAAGUUUUACAAGAACACGGUUGAAGAGUUCAAUCAAACCAUCAACAGCUUACAGGACAAUUACACUGAUUUAACACAGCAGAACCUGGUGCUGGAGACCAAAGUCAAAAAUCUCACUGCCAAGAACAACCAGUUAGAGAGAGAUUUUGACUCUUUGAAUAAGAAGUGCACAUUUAGUUUUUUCAUGUCCACUGAGAUGAGCUGGUUUGACAGCAGACAGUACUGCAGGGAUCGUGGAGCUGAUCUGGCCAUUAUCAACACUGAAUUGAAGCAGAGAUUCAUAUCUUCUUUAGUCAAAGAGAUUGUGUGGAUUGGUUUGUCUGACAGACAGCAGGAGGGCAUCAUGAAAUGGGUGGAUAAUUCAACACUGAAUCAAGGGUUUUGGGAGAGCAACGAGCCGAAUGACGCUGAUGGAAAUGAAGACUGCAUUGAACUGAAUCCUUCAAAAUCUUUCCCGAACAACUGGAAUGAUGUCCCAUGCACAAAUAAAAGAAAAUGGAUCUGUGAGAAUUAUUGUGACAGGCUUAGCAAUUUGGAUGUUCCCCAGCAAACAAUUUUGCAUUUAAAAGUCAUUUAUUAGCCGUCUAAACACAGCCCAGACAUCUAAGCUUAAACAAGACUAAAUUUGG